AUGCUCUCCGACGGCAUUAGCCACGGCAGCAAGCUUGUGGAAACGGCGGGCGCCAUCAAUGUGUCUAUCAAGAAACCGCGAACUACGAAGGAGCGGUACGACACCAUCAAAGGCACAGUGAACGCCUUGGAAAGGAAGUACGUGGAUAAGGCGGCGAAACUCAAGAGUAGGCGAGAGGCCUCCAAGGCCAGGAGCCAACGCUCACGAGUGGGUGCAGCCGUGGUUGAGGACGAUGUCACGAGCGACAACCAGUCGGACGACUCCAGCAACCAGCUGGCCGAGCAAAGCGUAAACGUUGGCAUAACCGAACACGCCCCUACCACUACCAAGCACAAGUUGCAACCUCGCCUUCACAUGGUACACGCGUUCAUUAACAACCACAAAAUUGGGUGCUUUCCAGACACCGGUGCUGAACGGUCAGUGAUAUCAGCGGAAGUAGCUGACAAGCUCAACCUUGUCUCAACCGAGCAAUGCGUCUCGCUCAAAGGAGUGUCUGACACACCCCUGCGCGCUAGGAUAACAGAACCAGUUGUCGUAAGCGUAGGAGGAAGGUCGUGCAGCACGUCCCUCGUUGUCGUGCAGCCGAGAGUGCCGACGCUGCUAGGCGUGGAUGUGCUAGUGAAGACUGGCUUGUUAGAGGUGGAUGAGGCAGGCAUGAGACUGAACAUACCAGCGCUGUACACCGAAGUCGAACCGCCCAAGCAGGUGCGAAAGGACGUCGUAUCUGGCGUUGACGAGACUAAGUCCGACGAAGAACUGCUGCGCGGCGCGAGACAAGAGGUACAGACGCAGGCACAGCAUCUCAGCGGAGACGACUUCGAGCAACUCUGGUCAGUCCUCCAAACCUACUCAGACGUGUUCCUCAGACCUAGGAGUGGCCAGGUUGAGUACCAGGCCCGCUUCGAAGUCGAAGGGCGACCUCACAAGGCAAGACUACGUCCACUACCACCCACCGCCGAAGCCGAGUUAAAGAGACAAGUGGAGAGCCAGCUAGACAAGGGGGUCAUAAGGCCUAGCAAGUCACAGUGGGCUGCUUGCCCUUUUGUUAUACCAAAGAAAACCGGUGAUUACAGGGUGGUGAUUGACUAUCGUGUCCUGAACAGCAGAAUGAAGGACGAUGCCUUUCCCAUUCCUCUGCUAUGGCAUAGUCUUCAAAAGUCUGCGGG